AUGGACGAAAGACUUGAUUCCGCAUGUAACCUAACAUCAAAGAUAAAUGUAAUGAAUUUAGAACAGCAUUUGCAUGAACAAAUGAAUGAACCCGUCCCCGAGGAUUGGUAUAAAAAUUAUUUUGAUACCGAUAAUAAUCAUCAAACAUAUUCAUUUUCUGAAUUUUGUGGUAUAUUUCAAAUAACGCCUAUGUUGGGUAAGCGUUUAUUAAAACAAUGUAUUACAAAUUUUAAUUUUGACGAUAAAUGUAAUCGUAUUAAUAGUAAAGAUAUAUGGAAAAUUGCAUGUAUUCUAUUGGGAAGGUUCAGCGUGUCUUAA